AUGUGCGUACAAAGGUCAAAAAUCUUCUCUUAUGGCCAUCAAAACAAAUGCUGGUGGUUAAAGUCUCGCUUCUGCCUAUUCGCAGGGGAGGAAGCUGAACGCUUUCACACAACAUACCUGCUCUUUUCUCGUAAUGGAAACAAAUGUCCGCGUUGCAAGAUCGGUCAACAAAUCAAGCGCGAAGGUAAGGCAGCUUGCGCUAACCUCACCAAGGAUAAAAUCGCCGAACUACAGCGUCAGAUCAAAGAGCACAUCGCCUUCUAUCUCAACGAAGAUAAGGUAAAGCCAAAUGCAAAAAUUGUCUUAAUGCUUACCAUUGUUGGGUUGCCUAAGGUCUUCAACCAUAAGGAAUUACUCGCACACUUCGCUUCCCUCUACUUCAAGAAAAGCGACACAGACGGAAAGCUAGUGGGCUGGGAGAAGAAUAGGCUUUUUAGCAUUGUUCGUAGCGCCGGAUUGGAGCGCACUCUCAAAGCUAACUUAAAGUUUAUAGGGAUUGCUUCACAUCCCCGCAACAUAACCAUUCAGGUUAACGCCACCACUCAUCAGGUUGUACCUACAUAG